CAGGAAGUUACACCACUUGGAAACCACCUCACACACAACUCUUUUAACGCGCAACACUUCAUUUCAUCCAUAUUCCGGCUUUUAGCAAUCAACCAAUUCGUGCCAUGACAGAUCCUGAAAAGGCUGUACCUAGUGAUAUGGAGUCCGUUGAAGAUGAUGAUGAUCGUAAAACCAAUAGCCUUAUCAAUCGACCGGAUAUAAUGUCAAGGAUUCAGGCUCGGAUUCAAGCCGGUGAAAAAACACAGAAUUUUCCAGAAUGUAUAAAACGACGGAUUAAAGCUCUAAAGCAGCUCCAGCUGUCAUUUUUUAAUAUUGAAGCGAAAUUUUAUGAAGAAGUUCAUGCUCUUGAAUGCAAAUAUAAUAAAAUGUUUUCAGAGCUUUAUGAAAAAAGAAGCAACAUUAUUUCAGGUGUUUAUGAACCUACUGAUGAGGAAUGUGUCUGGGAAACAGAUGAGGAGGAUGAAAAUCUUCCUAAUGAUGUCAAAGACAAAUUGAAGAUCGAAAAUGUCGAUGAAAAAAAAAAUGAAAGCGAAAAAGAAGAUGUCAAAGGAAUUCCCGAGUUUUGGCUAAGUUUAUUCAAGAACGUUGGAAUGUUAGAUGAAAUGGUUCAAGAGCAUGACGAACCUAUUUUAAAACAUCUUUAUGAUAUUAAAGUGAUACUUUUAGAAUCUGAUCCAAUGGGUUUCGUUCUUGAAUUCCAUUUUGAACCGAAUGAAUAUUUUUGUAAUUCUGUUUUAACUAAAGAAUAUAUUAUGAAAUGCGCACCAGAUAAGAAUGAUCCAUUCAGUUUCGAAGGUCCUGAAAUCUGUAAGAGUAAAGGAUGCGUCAUUGAUUGGAAAAAAGGCAAAAACGUCACUGUCAAGACGAUAAAAAAAAGUCAGAAGCACAAAUCACAUGGCCAUGUCCGUACUGUUACAAAAACUAUUCAAAAUGAUUCAUUUUUCAACUUUUUCUCACCUCCUGUUGUUCCAGACGAUAGUGAAGCUGUAGAUUUAGAUGAAGAUAUGAAGUCUUUGUUGACUAGUGAUUUUGAAAUCGGUCAUUACAUAAGAGAACGCAUUGUUCCACGUGCGGUUCUCUAUUAUACAGGAGAAUGUCUUGAAGAUGAAGGGGAUGACUACGAAGAAGAAGAGUGUGACGAAGAUGAGGAUGAAGAUGAUGAUGAUUGUGAUGAAGAAGAGGAGGACGACGAAGAACGUCCAGAUAAAAACACGAGAUCAGGUGCGAAAGCUCAGAAGAAUCAUCCUGAAUGUAAACAGCAGUAAUUUCGCAAUCGAUUUUUUCUUCUCUGAUCCGUAGCUUUUUUCGUUUAAAAAUAAUUUUGAGUAUCCAUAAGUCUUUCACAUUCAAAAGAUAGCCAAAUAUAAAAAACAUUCAAUAUUAAAGCUUUCCGUUAUUUUAUAUAUUAUUAAGAAAGUAGAGCAUAAAAGAAAUAAAAUGAUCCGAAAUAAGAUGAAAUCUGCUAAUCAUCAACAUUCUUUUGUGUCUCCUCUUGCAGAUCAAUCGUAAAGUCAACAUUCUAAACCUCUUCUAGAUCUCUGGGUGUUGUAGCUGUCUUUAUUUCCUCCAUACUCUAAGCUUUUUUAAUAAGUCAACAAAAAUUAAAAAAAAAAAAAGUAAACAUUUUUCCAUUAAUUUUUUGACAUAUAUUCUUUCUACAAUAGUUGCUUUUUUAUAAAAAAAGAAAAUAUAGUAACAAAUAACAGAAUACAAUGAUGUUUUAUAAUUACUUGUAAUGAAUAAACAAAAAAACAUGAUUUCGGUCGAAUUUUUUUAGAA